AUAUAUAUAUAAUAUAGAAAGUUGCACUUUAAGACAAAAGAAAAAAUCGCUGCACACACUCAGUGAGAGAAAGGAAAAUGGAGCUCAAAGUGUAUGGACAUCGGGUAUCUCAGCCAUCACGCGCUAUCAUGAUCUUCUGCAAGGCUAAUAAUAUAGAGUUUGAGGAGGUGACGAUUGAAUUACCGAAGGGACAGCAUAAGUCUCCUGAAUUCAAAGAGAUAAAUCCUAUGGGGCAAGUACCAGCUAUAAUUCAUGGAGAGCUUAAGCUUUUUGAGAGCCAUGCGAUCCUUAUAUAUCUUGCCUCUGCAUUUACUGGAGUUGCAGAUCAUUGGUAUCCAACUGAUCUUGUCAAGAGAGCCAAGAUUCAUUCUGUUUUGGACUGGCAUCACUCAAAUUUACGCCGUGGCACAGCUGCCUAUGUUUUUAAUUCGAGAAUAGCACCUGUAUUUGGCCUGCCCCUGAACCCACAGGCAGCAGCUGAAGCUGAGAAAUUUUUGAUUUGUUCUCUGCCAUUAAUAGAGUCCUUUUGGCUCCAGGAUAGUGGGCGGUUCUUACUUGGAGCAAAUCAACCAUCAAUAGCAGAUCUCAGCCUUGUCUGUGAAAUUAUGCAACUCGAGCUACUGGAUGAGGAUGAGCGCGAUCGUUUUCUGGGCCCAUACAAGAAAGUUCAGCAGUGGAUUGAGAAUACAAAAAAUGCAAUAAAACCUCAUUUUGAUGAAGUGCAUGAUGCCCUUUAUCAAGUGAGUGCAACACUGAGGAAAAAAUAGUCAACCAGAGAGAAGUAUGAGGUUUAGGCUCACAUGAAAGUUGAUGCUGUCUUUGCAUUUUGAAAGAUCUGCAAUAAGAUUUAUGGGUAUGUUAAGGAUUUAGAACUUGUUCUCUAUGAAUAAUAUAUCUCGGUAUAGCCAAAAGAAGAGAACCUGGUUUAGUAAACAUAUGUAUUGUGUUAUAUUAUCUUCUAAUGGGAUAUUUACUUUUGCCCUAUGGAAUCAAAGUGUGAUAUUUUCCCUUAAACUAACUGUUUGUUCCACCCCCA